UCCCUCCCCAAACCCCAGCAACAUCCCACCGUCUGCGCGCACGGACUUUCCUCUCCAUCUCCUCACUCCCCUCAAACUGGACGCACCACCUCACUCUCCGGGAAUGGGAUCUUUACUGGGUUCAAAGAAAAACUUCCAGUUCUUUCGAGUUUACGCUCUGCAGAAGUUACUUUUCAAACUGCAGGGAUAGUUGUUACUGCAGGGUGUCCGCAGCAAAGAAGAGCCGCUGGCCAAUGAUCUCCAAGACGCACCGGGCGUUCUCUGACUGUCAGGGAGAGUUUCAGAUGCUGGGAAUCAGUGCAGCAGAACAAAGGGGUCUCCAGUCCGUUUGAUUACGCAGAAAUCAUCGCAGUUUCAUUCCUAAGUUAAUGCGAGGAGUGCGUAAAAUACUUGUGCGUAAAGUUGGAGCUGUUGCGCACGUUCCAGUGUUAGGUCUAUUUGUGCAGUGCGUAUAAAAGGCAGAUACGUUGCUAAAUAUCAAAUCUGUGCGAAGUGUUAACAACUUGGCAGUCAUGGCAAAAUGGUUCAGAGAUUUCCCCAUCAACCUGAAGAACGGAAGCGAAAGGGUCCGCUCAGCCUCUGAAUCAGGUUCUCAACCUCGGACCAAACCUUCGUUUUCUCGAGACAGUUUGAAAGUUAAUCAAAGAAAGGAUGGAGGAGUUGGGGGGUUGCUGGCGGGGAGAAACCGGAAGAAUUCGGCUACGGAAUUGGGUCGUAACAACGCUGGGUCUGGUGGGACCGUCUGGGAGACUCUCACUUAUGGUAAAGGUCGUAAGAACUCCAAGAUCGAGGCCACGGGGACACCAGACGAGAACCGCCAGGUCAGGACCUCGAGUCUGGCGCAAGCGUACAUCAGCAGGAUGAUUAAAGUGGACAAACAAUACAAGACCCCCAAACUCAACGGGAUCAGUGAAAAGAAGCAGCCGGACAACGAGACGAGGUCUGACAUCAAGACAACGCUGAUCAUCCUGGAGGACUACGCCGAUCCUUUCGAUGCAGAGAAAACCAGGGAGCAGAGGGAGGCUGAGAGAGCCGGAGUGAAUGAUGGGUACAUGGAGCCCUACGACGCCCAGGUCAUCAUUACAGAGGUCCGCAGACGUGGCUCCAAAGACCUCUUGAAAGUGUGUGUCCUGCUGGACCGCGGCCACAGAGAGAGGAAGGGAGAAGAGGGGAAGCCAUCGCCUCCAAACAUCUACGACACGCCGUAUGAGGGCGGACUGGAGGGCGAGAGCGAGGGGGUGUGGAUCCCUGUCACACGACCGGAGUCUGACGUCCGUCCCGCCGGGGAGUACGAACUGCCCUGGGAGUGGAGAAAGGAGGACAUUGUCAGAGCUCUGUCAGCUCAAUUUGAGGCAGUGGAGUGUUCUCCCACUAAAGAGAACAGUUCUGCCUCCAGCCGCCAGCAGCAGCAGCAGCAGCAGCAACAGCAGAUGCAGCAACAGCAGAUGCAGCAACAGCACACCCUGAGACAGAAGAACUGGAACCAUAAAACCCUCAUCUCCUCUCCUCCGUCCUCCUCCUCUUCUCCCACCUUCCCCUCCUCCCCUAUCCUGAAACUUUCCCCUUUCACGCCCCCGUCUCCCUCCUUCCCCACUCUCAAGCUCUCACCCUCAUCCAGCCCCAACAAACUUUCACCUCCAUCCCCUACCUCCCUCAGUGCCCCACUGGAUGGGGAUGAAGCUAAAUUGGACCCCGGCCUGCCUCUGGAGAAGCAGAGCUGGUACCAUGGCAGUGUGAGUCGGCAGCAGGCUGAGGCUCAGCUGCAGCGCUGCAGGGAAGCCAGCUUCCUGGUGAGGGACAGCGAAUCAGGAACCAGCAAGUACUCCAUCGCUCUGAAGACCAGUCAGAGUUGUGUGCACAUCAUUGUGGCGCAGACAAAGAGCAGCAAGGGCCUGGGCUACACACUGAAUCAGAGUAGCUGCAUCUUCUCAAGCAUCCCUGAGUUGGUCCACCACUACUGCACACACAGACUGCCUUUCACUGGAGCCGAGCACAUGACCCUGCAGCAUCCUGUGCCCAGGCCGCACUGAACAUGCAUAAGAGGACAAGCACACACACUGGAACACAUGCAUAACAUGCACAGACACAAGCACAAGCACGUAUGACACAUUGAUGCAGAACCUCUCCCAUAAUACAUGUGUACACAUACAUGCAUACAUGCAAAUAUGUGCUGCUUUGGAUUAAUACGUUUUGUUUAAGGUCUCCCAAGUGCUACCUAGUGGUCAAAAUCGGAUACUACAAUAAAUACUUAUCACAUUAUUAUUGCUGACUGUUUCCAAUCUGAAAUCAUAAUCACACACACACACAAACACACACACACACACACACACACACACACACACACACACACACACACACACACACACACACACACACACAAACACAAACACACACACACCACCCUGUACUUAAAGUCACAGAAAAAAACAUAUAGAAAAAAACAUAUAUUUGUCCUGAGUCUGCAACCUUUUUUUGUCCAUUACUUAGACAGAUCGACUCUCUACCCUGUAAACGCAUUCAUUUGAGUAAUACCUGCAACGAUGCACAAGAGGCACGGCUCUUACUAUAGCCAAUAUAAUAGUAUGAGUAAAUGGAGACGAGGGCGUAUUACUUCCUCUCCAGAUGCCUCUACACCGAGGUGCUGACAUCAUCAAUUAGCACCAUUCCAUCCUGUUAGGUCUUGGUCUGUGGGAUCGAUAGCCCUGAUUGGAGUAUAUUCAUUCAUCCAUCUGACACGUCAAUCAGCUCAUUGAUCUCUCCUGAAAAUCAGGCUGAUUUUCCAACCGCUCUGUCUGUCAAGAGAAAGAGCUGCAUCGAUUAGAUGAUUAGAACCAGUGUAGAGGGAGGGGGGAUGUAACAUUACUGUAUCCAGCAGGCAAAAUUGUUUUAAUGUGUGUCAGUGUGCAGAUAAGUGCAUGGACAUUUGGCCCAUUUACUGGCCUUCAGUGUAAUCUGAAUAUGAAGACUUUGUUAUUAAAAAGAUGUCUUAUUGUGAAUGCACCCCCAAAAAAUGUACCUGUUGUAUGCAUAAAUGAUGUAUGUAUGAUUGUUGGGUCGACCACACAAUGAUGUGGGCCGUGUAUUGUUGUUGUGAAACAUUUAUUCAGUAAAUAAAACCAAAUUCAUAUUAA